AUGGACCGGUCCGGCUCAGCAGAGUUGUUUCCAGAAGGUAGAUGUUUUAUUUGUUUCAAGGAGUUGGGACAGGGUGUGGCCAAUGUCCGCUCAAAAGGCUUAAAUACGUUGAUUGAAUGUAGUGAGAAACGUGGAGAAGAUAUAUUACAGACAUUUCUGCAAUCCAGACUAAACGGACCUGGGGUAGUGAAGAUUCGUAUGCAUGAGGUCUGCCGUAAUGAAUAUACGCUCGCCAGAAAUGUAGAGCGUGCUAAGAAACAUAAAUCGGACGAUCAAGGCCAAGCGCUUCCUGCGCCUAAGAAACUUCGCUCCAGCCUUGAAUCAUUCCUGUGGUCUGAAGAGUGUUUCAUAUGUGGCCAGAUAGCUCAAAAUGAUAUGAGACACCCAGACAGAAAUCCGGUGUUUGAAGUUAGAACGAUAGAAAUGCGAGAAACGAUUUUACAAGCGUGUGAUAGAAGUGACAACUGGUCACGUGUCCAGGGCUGUGCAUUUCUAGUUGCUGCUGAGGCGCGUUAUCAUCAUAAAUGUUUCAUUCUGUUCUCGAAAGGCCGCCGCCCGGAAAACACUCCCAUCGAAUCCCUUGCGGGGCGACCAGUGAAUCAAACUAUGCACAGGUGGUUUUUAAGGCUCUGUGAAUGGUUGGAAAAUAGUUCGGAAGUAGAAUUGUAUACGGUGGAUGAUUUGAUGGCGAAAAUGGAAGAAAUUGCUGGUGGCGAAGAAACCUACACCUCGAGAACCUUGAGAGAGAAAUUGAUUCAGCGCUAUGACGAACACGUAUUUUUUGCAAAAAUUGGUGGAGGCCAGAAAGAUGUGUUAUGUUUCAGGAAUAUGGCCGAUUAUAUAGUUCACAGAAAAUGGCAUGAUGAGAAGAUUGAGAACAGAGAAGCAGAAAUACGCAGGAUAAUCAUUACCUGUGCUCGUCUGGUUAAGGAGGAAAUAAGGGAAAGAGAAUACAGUCGCGAUUAUUACCCCAGCCUAAAUGAUAUUCGAGAUGUUGAGAAAGGGAGAGAAUUUCUUACUCCUUGUCUGCAACUGCUUAUGGAGCAUUUGAUACCAUGUUCUUUAAGACGAGAUUGCAUUGGUCAAAUGAUCACUCAAGCCGCAAAACCUAAAACCGUGAUAUCACCCUUGAUGUUUGGACUGGGUCUAGAAAUGGACCAUGUUUUUGGGUCUUCAUGCGCUGGCAUUAUCUACUAUCCCAUUCCAACCACUCGUAGAAAUUAUCCGCCCAUACGUGAUCCCACCGUCAUCAUAUUACAGCAACAUUCUAUGGAAAUGCGCACGGAGGCUCAGAGAUCCAAAUUCCAAAGUCCAAAUGAUGAUUCUGGUAUUUAUUCGGCAUUGGUGUACCUACAGACUCAAGGCGAGAAACUGGGGUUACAAAAUUUCUGUAUAACGUUUGACCAACCCCUAUAUCUCAGGGCAUCCGAAAUAGUCGAGGCUAAGAAAAUGAAUAAGAUUGUGCUGCGUCUUGGAGGCUUUCAUCUCUUAAUGAGCGCGUUGGGCAGUUUGUAUCAUCUAAUGGCUGGAUCUGGAAUGGAAGAAAUGUUGUGA